GGUGCCACCCGUGUCCGUGUGUCCCCCCCCGCCCCCACUUGUGUCCCCCCCCCCCGUCCCCUCCCUGGGGAUAAAUCGGCUCCGGCCACACCGCGGGCACCCACGGGCGGCGGGGACAUCGGCCUGGGCAGAUGAAGGCUCCUCACCUCCUCCUCCUCCUCCUGCUGCUCCUCGGCCGCGUGGAUGAGUGGGGACCCCUGGGGACACGGGGGGCACCCAUGGGACCCCCGGGUGGGCUGCUCUACCCCUUUGGGCCAGAUGUUGGGGACGAGGCCACCCCACAUGAGGACGACGGGAUGAGCCCCGAGAUCUUCCUCUGGGAGAUCUUCUCCUUCUACGGACAAGCCCACCGCUCCCUCUACGUCAACAACAACGGAGUGGUGUCGUUUGGGAUGGGGGUCCCCGAGUUCACCCCCGAACCCUUCCCGCUGCCGGGCCACCGGCCCUUUGUGGCCCCAUACUGGGCCGACGUGGACACCAGACUGGGAGGAAAUGUCUUCUACCGGCAGAGCCGGAAGCCGGAGCUACUGGCCCGCCUGGCCCGUGACCUGGCCGCCGCCGUGACCUACCCUGACCCAACUCCUCAGCCCACGUGGGCUUUCGUGGCCACCUGGGAUCGUGUCUCCUUCUUCGGAGCUGCCUCUAACAAGGUGAACACCUUCCAGGCUGUGCUGGCCACCGAUGAGGUCACCUCCUACGUCAUGCUCAACUAUGGUGACAUCCAAUGGACCACGGGCAUCGCCAACAACGGGGACGCCCACACUGGCCUUGGGGGUGUCCCGGCCCAGGCCGGGUUCAACAGCGGGGACGACGUUCACUACUACAACAUCCCGGGUUCCCGCUCGCCGGAGGUGUUGCGCAUCAGCCGUAGAAGUAACGUGGGGGUACCGGGGCGGUGGAUUUUCCGCGUGGACGAGUUCACCGCCACCGAGGGACCCCCGGUUUUUACGGAGAACACCCCCACCCCAUCGCUCACCCCCAGCAUCCCGACGACAACACCCGACCAACGCAGGACCACCAAGGAGAGGGUGUACAUCUGCGGGGGGAGGGAGUGACACGGAUGCCGGGGUUCUUUUUUUUGGGGGGGGGGGACACGACAACAGUCGGACGCCUGGGUCCCCUAACACUGGCUCCCCCCUCCCCGCCCCGCCACCACGGAGGACACGUUACCAUGGAAACAUCAAUAAAAGAGUCACCGAGCAG